AAACAUCGGUUACACAAUGAAGAUAUCAAUAACUUCUGGAAUAAAAUCGAGUUAGAAUAUGAAUUACAAUGUCUAGAAUCACAAAGAACUAUGCGGACGGUACGCUGUCACGUUAAUGUGAGAGGUAAAACCCAGGAAAUGGUGGAAAAGAUGGCUGAGGAAACACUAGAAGAAGCUGAGAAUGCUCGCAAGAGGGUGUAUUCCGAGUUCUCGGGGUAUAAACAAAAUGAGAAAGGAUCCAAUAAGAUCAGAACCAUUGACACGGAGAUUCAUCAACAAGAGAGAAGAAACGGUUUCGAGAUUGUAGGACAAUUGUUUGAUCCAAAUGAGGAUGCGGAUUUUCAGAACAUGAAUUUUGACCAUGGACUCGGAAAUUAUGAAGAAGGAAUCAUAAUUGAUCCUGAGAUGAUCAUUCAAGAAACCGAUGAAGAACUGGUACCAGAGUCUGAGAAUUUUUUUAAUGAGAACAUUUGGAAGAAAUGGAAACUAAAAUCUGGUACAGUAGUUUCUGAUAUUUUGGCUGAGUCUGCUCGUGAAACAGGUCAUCCUCUCAGACCCGAGGUCUGGGGAAUUGUUCGUUGCGGUUUUAGAAUUGCAAAACCGAAGUGGUGUAGUAGUGAAAACUACUUGGAAAUACAAAAAUUUACACGACGUGCAACAAUUUCUAACUGUCCAGAAAACGUAUCUAGGCUUUUAAAAUUAAAAUCACUUGAAUCUCUAGGACAAGGUAUAGAGGAGAUUCGGUUAUUAAAGAAUGUUAAUGAAAUAAUCAAAGGAGAUAACAAAAAGUUUCUCCUGGGAGAACUCAAGAUAGCCCGUAUGAUGUCUCCUCUUCAAGAUCCUUUCACAGGUUUUUUCGUCAGAAUUUUAUCAAUAUUUCAUCAGGAUGUCUUUCCGGAAUAUUCAAUCAUGCAACAAUCAAAUAUAUCAGAAUCAGACUACGGUGGUUACGUUAUUCACCCUUCCUUGAAAAUUACUUAUGCAUUUGCAAAUCUUGAUACCCUUUACUUAAGAGGAGAAAUAAUCUUGUCUUCUGUUAAAGCAUGCCGCGAAAGGCGCAAGUGUGUCACCUCAUUUGAACAAAAAGCAGAUGGUGUCUUUUCCGUGCGAUUAAAGAAAUCUUCUAUAGAAGUCGGACAUUUGAAGAUGAGUGGUGGGUAUGGCGAUAAAGAUCUCCCUCGAUCAACGUGGGAUGGUUGUUGCAAAUUGCCAAUAGAUAACCGAAUUGAGUUAUGGAGGAUGCAUGUUCCAUCUCACGGCAUUCUGCAAUACGAGCGAACACACAAGACAAUCAUUCCUACUUGUUUCGAGGAAGAACGAAAAUAUUUUUUUGAUUUUGUUGUUAUCUUGUGGGAUCUCAGGUGUUGGUUGGUGGAAGUCGUCGAAAUCAUCUAUAGACUACAAGAUGAACAUAAUGAUUCAGAUAUGAAAGUGUCCAAUCUCUCCGGUGUUCUUCCACCACACCCAUUUACACCACAUAAAGAUAAACAAAAAAGGAAUUACAGCUGCUUAUGCAGAUAG